AUGUUUCUUUGUUUUUUUCAGAUGAAUGAAGCAGUGGUUGUAUUGCAGCGUAUUAAAAUUAUUGAAUGCAAAAAAUGCCCAAAAGCAUUCACAGACAUGGGCGAUUACAAACUUCAUAAAUUGAAACAUCUCCUCCAAAACAUACAAAAACGAAGGAAAGAAAAGAAUAAGAAGUAUUAUCAAUCUAAUAAAGAAGGGUUUGAAAGAAAAAUUCAAUGUGACGAGUGUGAUAUGAAGUUUGUGCAAAGUAGCACACUAGAAGCCCAUUCCGCCCUGCACAAGCCUUUCCCACAUGUGUGUGACUGUGGAGUAGGGUUUUACGUAAAUAAUGACUUAAAGUGUCAUAUCAAAUUAGUUCAUGCAGACGAAGAUGGUGUGAACCAAUCCAAAGUAAAAAAACAAAAGAAAAAUAAAAAAAUACAGAACCUAAAGGAAAAUUUGCCAAUUAGGAGUAAUAAAAGAUUAACUAAAUGA